AUGAAUCUGAGAGGAUCCGCCUAUCCCACUGAUCGAUCUACAAAAUAUAGUUUCUUUGGGGAGCACUCCCUUGUAAGAUUCAAGAAAACGGUAAAUUGUAAUGUAAACGGAGAGUCGGGGAGUUAUCCGGCGACUCUUGUUCAGAUAUUCCAUGCUGUAAUCUUCAGACUUUCAAUUCCAUUAAGACUGAAAAGAAAAGAGCUAUUUCAAACUGAACAGUAUACCGUUAUCAUUGAAGCACUAAGUAACAAGUCUCCGUUAACAGUCUGCGACUCACGAGAAUGCAGCCCUCAUCUCUCUUACCAGAUUAUCGCCCUGGCUUCCUUGCUGGCAGCUGCAAGUGCAAAGCCAGGCCUCUCUCGGAGCUACCAGGCUCCAGGAUCUUCCUUCGGUGGUUCUGCAGGAGACGCUAGUUUCCUCCGACCUGCUGCAGGGCCUGCCGUCAACUUCGGAGGAGCUGCUUCUGGUGGGGCCUACAACCCACCUGUCGCUUCUACUCGCCCGCAGUAUAACUUCAACUAUGCCGUCAACGAUGCUUUUGGUAACGAUUUCGGCCACCAAGAGGGGCGCGAUGGAUACAACACUCAGGGAUCCUACUACGUGCAGCUUCCCGAUGGUCGUCUGCAGAGGGUUAUUUACACCGUCAACGGCGACCAAGGAUACGUUGCUCAAGUGACGUACGAGGGAGUGGCUCAGUACCCUGCCUUCCAGCCGUCUGCCUCCUACUCACCCUCAUCCUCUUAUGGUUAA